UCGGAAUAGGAAUAUGAGUUUGUGUUACACCGGUCGAUAGAGUUGUGAACGAAACAUAUAGAUUCUUUAGAUUCUUCUGUUUUUUUUUGCUGAUCAGAAUUGACGAAGUGUGUUGUAAUUGAAGAUUUUCAUGAUGGAGUCUAUGGAAGAUAUGAUGCGAAAAUUAAACUUUUGUGAAAAGGCUGCCAUAUCUUUAAAACCUGUGGAAGAAGAAUACAUUCUUCAUAUGGAUAUUCAACAAAGUGCUGACACUCCUAAUUCUGCAACUGACGACCGACUGCUGGCAUGUAGUAGCAGCAGUUAUAACAUUCGCUUACAUGCCAGACACAAUAUGGCUACACUGCAACAAAUUGAUGCACACAACAAUGUUAUAUCAGGGAUAAAAUUUGCCCACAAUGACACACAUCUAUUAUUUUCUUCAUCUUGGGAUGGGACGAUCAGGUGUUGGGACAUACGGACAGAUUUCAAAAAACCUGCUCAAGAAUUCACUGGUUGUGAUAAAUGUCUUUUAUGUUUGGAUAUCAAUAGCUCUGAUUCCAAGAUAGCAGCUGGAACAGAAUCAGUUGAGAAAGAAGUUGAGUUAAAAAUUUGGGAUAGAAGGAAAAAUGUAUUACUCACAGAUUUCACAGAUUCUCACAUGGACGACAUAACACAGGUAUCAUUUCAUCCAACCAAUGAAAAUCUAUUGGCAAGUGGCUCUACAGAUGGCUUGGUUUGCAAAUUUGACUUAGCAGAAGAUACAGAGGAGAAUUCCCUACUAUUAACUAUGAAUUCACUUUCUUCUGUGGCAUUUGUUGGUUGGUGUUCUCCUAAGUAUGACCAAGUAUAUUGUACAACUCAUGUAGAUACAUUCCAUGUAUGGGAUUCCACAGAGGGCGAUCUUUUAUAUCAAAUGACAGAUGUGAAAGAGAAACUGAAGGACAAAGUUGAAUAUAUUGUUGAUUAUAUAGGAAGUGAAAAAACUGACCACUGGAUGGUUCUUGCUGGACAAAAAAAUGGCAACCUGAGCAUUUUAGAAUUCUCAAAAGAGAAAGAUGUAGAAAUAAUUAGUUCUCUGAAUGGCGGUCACACUGGAAUAGUUCGUUGUCUUCAUUGGGAUAAAUUGACAAGCAGUUUAGUUACUGGAGGGGAAGAUUCCAUGGUUUGUUUAUGGUCAACAGCUACAGCAGCAGAAAAUAAAGAAGUGAACAAACUCAAGAUAAAAACACAUAAACCUAAAAACUUUGCCCCAUAUUAAAGCUGACCAGUGAAAGUGCUUCUGCUGUUGCGCCUACAAAACAACUUGAAAAUAGCUUGAAGAUUCUGCAACAUUCAGCUGUAUGUUCUUGAUUUGAACUACUGUUUAAUAAGGAAUGAAAAUAUAAAGUUUAUGAAACUGUGUCCAGAAACUCAACUUUCAAAUAACAAGUGCAAAUAAUGAUUUUAAGAAAUUGUUUUUAAUCUUUAGAACCAGAAGUUUCCUAAGUGUUCUGAACAGUUUCUCAAUUAAUUUCUUUGUCACUUUAUGAACUUUCAAAUGGCAAAAGUCUCUACAUUUUCAAAGGCCAAAAGUGAAAAUUGCUUCACAAGUCUUGCAACUGAUGAUGCUUUGUUCCUUUUUUUACACCAAAAGUAGAUCCUAUCUUUAAAUAACUUUGGGGAAGAUCAGAUUAUAAUUCCUGCUCAUUUGAUUAGCAUGGCUUAAACUGUUUGAGAAGUCUUCAAGUGAGGUCUGCUGCACUAAUGCAACCUCACAAAAAUGAUUUGAAAAUGUGUAAAGAAGAAAACUAUGAUUGUUUGGGCUAUUAAUUAGAAAUGGCUCACUCAUGUCUUUAAUGAUUAAAGAACAAAGAAAUUUGAUUGCUUCUUCUUUUCUGCAUGAUAAUUAAUCCAAAAUUAUUCUUUGUAAAACUAAUUUAUAUAUGUAUAUUUUUAACAUAAUCUAUUUCUUUGAUGACAUUGUGGACUGAUAUAUCAGUUGUAAGAAGCAAAACAGUUAAGGGAAUAAAUUUUGGAAUAUAUUGCUGCCAA